AUGAACUUCCGAAAGUCAGCGCAGGAGGAAUGCAGCAUAAUAGCUGUGGCUAGCACUAUUCUAGCACAGAUUGCUAUUACGGCACUCUCUUUGGAAAACCUUGACCGAACACCCUGGGUUGCCCGAGGGUUCUUUACCUUCAGCCUCGUCUCAUCAAUCAUCGCUGUUUACUACGCCACAAGACAGUACUGUCAUCUGGGCAGAUUCAUUUAUGCCAAUGACGUACGGGCAUGGAUUCGUGGGCACAGUAUUUUGGAUGGGGAUCUAUACCCACGCAAGGCAUUGGCAGUUGCUCAUUUUAACAGCGACUCAGCCUUUCGAGUAGUGGGAGCAGAUGUACCUUCGGUUGCCUCAGUUUUGACUAUUGCAGCCCCUACUAUGCUUCUCAACGCUUCUCUUAACGCUUUCCUCUUGGGACUUGGCAUCUACCUUGGCUUCGUUUGGACAUGGGAUCUGAACGAAACUGCGGGGGCAUCAAGCAGUCGAGCAGUAUUCAUUAUAUAUAUGGUUGAUUUGGUGGUAUGCUACUGGGUCUACGCAAUAUCUAACGUUAUUGUAGCCGACCAGAGCUACGUCAGCGAAGCAGAGUUGCUAGGAGAGAAAGAUGCUCUUCAAUCUUUCUUUGGGCUACGGAACAAAGAUGAGGAAAGUGCAGGAGGUAGUAGGAGGCCUUCUGCCGCUCAACAUGUUUCCUCUCAAGAAGUACCAUCCGGCACGACGGGAAGGGCAAGCACAUCUACAACACCACCUGGAGAACCAUAUCAAGAACAAACAAAUGAAAGCAAUGCCACUAAGAGCCUAUCUGUUGAGGGAGAGCUUGUGCGAGUUCUCCAAGAAGCAGCCAGACUCCGCACAGAGUCUGCCAAAUUUGAUGAGCGUAUGGCUCAACUUCUGGAGAAACUUGCAAAAGGUAGUGAAGAGUAG